AUGCUGCAGGCUCUGCACAUCCUUUACACUGUCUUCGUCACAGUAGCAAGCGUUUACGGCCUCGGGAAACUAUACGCUGAUGUCGGUGAUCCAGCCAUCUAUUUUACGGCUGUCAAGUAUGAAUUAUUCAGCCAGGUAGCUGGGAUCAUGGUCAUUGGCGUGGGAAAAGCGGCUGUUGGCGUGUUCCUUCUUCGAAUUGUGCGGAAUAAAAUCCAGAUCUGGUUUAUCUGGGCUUGUCUUGGAAUCACUGCUUUUAUCACGCUUUUUGCCAGCAUUACUGUUAUAUUGCAGUGCAUUCCAGUUGAGAAAUCCUGGAACCCAACUACACCAGGCUAUUGCUGGCUCGAUUUUUCCAAGGUUGGUUACACUGUUGGAUCGUGGUUUGUCGCCGCAGACUUCUCGUUUGCGAUCCUCCCAUGGUUUAUUGUCUGGGAUCUCAAUAUGAAACAGAAGGAAAAGUUCACCGUUGCCUGUGGUCUCAGUCUUGGAGUAUUUGCUGGAGUAUGUGGCAUUAUCCGUACCAAAGCUCUGGGAGGAUUAAACGCAUCUGAGUACAUAUAUGAUACGGUACCAAUGCUUAUCUGGUCUGCCACCGAAAGCUGCGUCACGAUCAUGUGUUCGUCAAUCCCCGUCCUCCGUCCUCUCUACAUCCGCGUCAAAUACGGAAAGAAUGGCAAGAGCAGCUCUUCGGGCAACACCUCCUACAAACUGCCAAUAUAUGGCAAUGGUCGAAGAUGGGGCAAGUUUUCCAAAUCUGGCCUUGAUUCUUCUGCGGAAGAGCGUAGUAAUACCUACCACACAACCGUCAUGAAGAAUAGCACAGAGAACACCAGCGAUGAGAAUAUUCUUCGAGGUGCUGCAGGUAUUGAAAGGACAGAUGAGAUCUCAAUUAGCUAUGAGCAAUUUAGCAAGAAAUGCUAG